UUAAAAUUAUUAAAUAAUUAGAGUGUUAGUGACAGUCUAACCCAAUCUUUGUAUGCUUCUCCACUGUAAUUUUCUAACACACACUUAGCUCGCAUACUCUCAGUUUCAACCUCAAUCUAGGGUUCUCUAAUACCAUGGCUGCUGCUGCUGCUGCUUCUUCUUCUUCGUCCUCAAGAAUGUCGUGCUUCCAGUGCCAGGAUUCCAGCUUCAAUCACGCCAAUUUCAGAAACGGCUGGCGCCUCCGCAGCGGCGAGUUCGCUCAGCUCUGCCCCCGCUGCGCGUGAGUACACACGCAUUCUGUCUCUCAACACGCUUGCAACGACUACGUGCCGUGUUUUCUAUGCUGUGUUCUGCGUAUGAUGAUGGAAGAUUCUGUGAGACCUUCCAUUCAAAUGAUGAUGGUUGGAGGGACUGUGGAUCUUGUGGAAAGUUAGUCCAUUGCGGAUGUAUUGUAUCUUUCAGCACUCAUUUGCUCUUGGACUUUGGUGGGAUAAUAUGCAUGGAGUGCUCAAGGUUGAAUUUUCUAUUGGCACGAAAGCGAUGUAUGUCUCUUGAACCUGAGGUAAGAGCUAGAGAACAUCGUCCAGAAUCAUCUGGGCAAGCCCCAGUUGAAGCCCAGAACUGGCCUCAGGUGACUGAUUCAGAACUGCAGAAAGUCUCUCGAAACCCAAGAGCUACCGUCACUCCUCUGUUUGAAAAGAUACUGUCUGCUAGUGAUGCUGACCUCAAACUAGCGCGCCUUAUUAUACCAAAAAGAUGUGCAGAGAACUUUUUCCCGGAUAUUUCCGGCUUGCAUGGGUUACGCAUCAAAAUACAAGAUAUUGAUGGUAAUGAGUGGGAGUUCCAUUACCGAUACUGGCUAAAUGGUGGAAGCAGGAUUUAUGUUCUGGAGGGACUCAGAGAUUAUAUGGUCUCGAAGAAAUGGCAGUCAGGCGAUACAGUUACAUUUUAUCGAGUGGAACCAGGAGGAAAGGUGGUGAUGGGAUUAAGGAAGACGUCUGGUAGCCCACAGCUCCAAAGGUAUGGCCUUUCCCUUGAUUCUUGUUCAAACCAUACAUAUGUUUCAUUUUAUGUAGUUUAUGCAUGUUCAAUACUCCUCUAGUUUUCAACUCAACUCAACUUAAAAAAAAUAAAAAAUGAAAAAAGUCCUUUAGUUUGAUGACAACUUUCUUAAAUCUCAUUUGUUGCUUUAUGUUUUCAUUUCUUUCCAGAACCUAGAGUGGAUUAUCAGAGCUGCAGCUGGAGAGUGUAAAUAUAUUCUGUUGGACACCGAGGAUUGUCCGAUUUUGUGUCUGUGUACCAAAACGUUUAUUUUAUUUCAUUUUUUAAAAUUUUGCCAGUCUUUUCUUCUUUAAUUUACAUUUCGGUAUAUAUAUACUUCAAUUGUAUGUAUUUCCUGGUGGCUCAACUUCAAUGUUGUGUAAAUUAAUGAUGUUUAUAGAGAGGAAUUGUCUGAAUAA